AUGACCACCUCCGGAGCCUUCGUGUGCCUCGUCCUCCUCCUCGUGGCCGCCAGCUGCACCACCAGCUCGGUCUCGGCCGCGCCCACGGCCAACUCGCAGGGCAUCGUCGACUGCUUCGCCCAGAUCUUGGCCGCGUCGCUGACCCGCCUCAGCCUCAACAACGACUACGUGUGCACCCUCUCGAAAAACGGCGUUCUGCUGGCCAACGGCGACAUGGGCACCGACGCCUUCAACGCCUUCGGCCCCAACCACGGCUUCCCGCUGCUCCAAUCGGAAGACGCGGCCUUCUUCGAGUCCUAUUAUGGGACGCCCACCGACGGCUUCGUGGCCGUGGCGCGGGUCAACAUCACCAGCAACAGCGGCAUCGGCUACUACAUGACCAACGCGACCCAGCGCGUGUCCUACUUCCUCGAUGAGUUCGGCCAGCUGACCGGGGAGCUCAACGCCGUCCAGGAGUAUGUGCCCACGUCGCGCAUCUGGUACCAGGGCGCGCUCAACUCGACGUCCGGCUCCUACGUGACGGCCACCCCCUAUCGGUUCUCGCUCAACAGCCUGCGCGUGACGGCCUCGCGCCAGUGCAUCUCCACCCCGAGGACGCGCGACCUCCAGGUGAUCGCCGGCGCCGACAUCACCCUCGAUGUGCUGAGCGAGGUGGCCCUCACGAGCGCCAAGUGCCCGCUGUUCAACGCGGCCCAGGGCGUCGUCUUCGUGGUCAACGCCGACGGCGUGCUGCUCAUGCAGAACGGCGCGGGCGUGACGGGCGUGGCUGAGGCGACGGCCUCGGCCGGCCUCGUGGGCGCCGCCGCGCGGCAUGCCAAGACCCAGAACGGCGCCGACUGGUACGGCCAGGCCGUGGCCGCGACCUUCACCUACGCCGACAACGAGUACGAGGUGGUGACCUACCCGGUCAGCUCCAGCCUCACCGCGUCGGUGGACAUCAGCGCCUGGGGCUGGACGGUGGUCUCGGUCCAGCGCACCUCGGGCCUGUGCGGCACCAGCUCGGCCGCCUCCUCCCUCCUCCCCUUCCGUUUCUUCAUGUAA